GCGAUUCGAACUGGGUCUGAUAUUUAUAUUCUUUCAGUUUGGAGUUUAUUUACAGUUCAAAUUUGCACAGACAAGCGAUCUUUUUAAGUAUAUGUUUCCAAUUACACUUCAAAGCUUUGUUCAUUAAUGGCUUCUCUAAGAUCUCAAGAAGCCACUUCUUCUAGGUCUCGCUUUGCUCACCAUGUCCUCUUGAGUCGAGCUUCUGACACCCGCUGGACCUUUUCCGAUCACCUCUACACAGCUCUAGUCGGUGCUGGUUUUCAAACUUUUAGGGUUGAAAAUGAUGAUGAAAUUGAGAGAGAUGAAGAUGUUAAGUUAGUGUUUGAGAGAGCAAUUGAAGAAUCUAGGAGCUCCAUAAUCGUCUUCUCGAAAGAUUAUGUUUGUUCGAGAUCGUGUCUUGAUGAACUUGUGAUGAUUCUCGAACGCAAGAGAGGGUCUAAAUAUGUGGUUUUGCCAGUUUUCUAUGAUUUGGAUCCAUCACAAGUUAGGAAGCAAAGUGGGGUUGUUGGAGAGGCAUUUGAGAGACACAAAGCUCAAUUUGAGGAUUGUGAGUUUGGGAAGAUUGAAGAGUGGAGGGAAGCACUUAGAGAAGUUGCAGAUCUGGCAGGGUUGGUGUUACAGAAUCAAGCUGAUGGGUAUGAGUCAAAGUUUAUCAAGAUAAUUGUUGAAGAGAUUGCAAAUAAAAUGGAUCGCACAGUUUUGAGUGUUACCCCGUACCCAACUGGAAUAGAUUCUCGUGUAAAAGACAUUAACCUGUGGCUGCAAGAUGGGUCAAGCAAUAUUGGCAUAAUGGUGAUUUAUGGGAUGGGUGGAAUAGGUAAGACAACCAUUGCAAAAACUGCUUAUAACCAAAACUUUGAAAGAUUUGAUGGCAGCAGUUUUCUCGCAAAUAUUAGAGACACUUCAAAACAACCCAGAGGUUUGGUUCGUCUGCAAAAACAACUUGUUUCAGAUAUUGUCAAGCGGAAAAAGGAAAAACUACACAACGUUGAUGAGGGAAUCAUUAAGAUCAAACAUGCUAUGUGCUGUAAAAGAGUUCUUGUUGUUCUUGAUGAUGUAGAUCAAUUGGACCAACUAAAUGCAAUAUUUGGCAUGCGAGACUGGUUUCAUCCAGGAAGUAAAAUUAUCAUAACAACCAGACAUGAUCGAAUGCUAAAGGCUCAUGAAGCGUGUGAAAUAUACAAGGUUACAAAAUUGAAAGACACUGAGGCGCUUUGUCUCUUCUGUCGACAUGCCUUUGGACAAGACCAUCCCGUUGAAGCUUACAUGCAGCAGUCAAUAAGGAUAGUAUCCUAUUGCAAUGGUCUUCCAUUAGCUCUUGAGGUCUUAGGUUGUUCUCUAUCUGGUGAAAGUGUUGAUGUAUGGAAAAGUGCAUUAGCAAAAUUGAGAACAUUUUCUGAUGUCAAAAUCCACAACGUACUUCAAGUAAGCUAUGACUGUUUAGACGAUCAUGACAAAGAUUUAUUCCUUGAUAUUGUUUGUUUCUUUGUUGGAGAGGACAAAGAUUACAUGGUUACAAUACUAGAUGGAUGUGAUUUCUACACAGAAGUUGGGGUUCAAAAUCUCAUGCGUAGAUGUCUUGUAUAUGAAGUUUACAAGAAGCUUAUGAUGCAUCAAUUGCUCAGAGAAAUGGGUAGGGAAAUUAUUCGCCAAGAAUCACCAAAGGAACUUGGAAGACGCAGUAGAGUGUGGGAUCACAAGGAUGCCUUCAGCGUAUUAAAAGAAAAAACUGGAACAAAAACAAUUGAAGGCCUAAUCCUCGACUUGCCAGAACUGAAGGAAGAUAUGCGAACCAAGCAUGCAAAUAAUGCACAACACCAUUUAGAAGAUUUUUCUGGGAAAUCGACAAUGAUUUUUGAAGGCAGUUCAUCGAAGCGACGUCGCCUAGGCUUCUUGUCUUGGCUUCCCAUAAAUUCUUCCUUAAUGGAGUCAGAUGAAGCAGUUUUAGAAACUGAUGCGUUUUCACCGAUGCUCAAAUUACGAAUACUCCAGCUUUAUGAUGUACCACUCAGCGGAGGCUAUGAUGAAUUUCCCAAGACGUUAAGAUGGCUGUGUUGGCAUGGAUUCCCUUUAACAUUUAUACCUAAUGAUUUUUCUCUAGAGAACAUGGUUGUUCUGGACUUGCCCCAUAGCAGCUUGCGACAAUUUUGGAAGGGAGCCAAGUUGCUCAAACUACUGAAGAUCCUCAAUCUCUCUCGUUCCUAUGACCUUACCAGUUCACCUGACUUUUCAAAGCUCCCUAAUCUUGAGAGGUUGAUUCUUAAAGAUUGUAUCAAUUUGGUUGAGGUCCAUGAAUCCAUUGUGGAACUAGGGAGACUAGUAUUGUUGAAUCUAAAAGGCUGCAAAAAUCUUAGGAAAAUUCCAAGGAAAAUUUGUCAGCUUAAUACCCUUGAAAAACUCAAUCUUUCGGGUUGCUCGAAGCUUGAUGAGUUGCCUACAGAUUUGUGCAAGAUGGAGUCUUUGAGAGAGUUUGAAGCAGAUGGAGUAAAUCUGCUAUCCUCAACCACAGGAAAGAUUAAAUCAUGGCAUGGAGUAAUCAAGUCUUUGGUGUCAAAACCUACUAAAAGCCUAGAAUUUUCACUGGCUUCUUUACCAAGCUUUUUAGUAUGGCUAAGCCUUGCAGAUUGCAGUAUAUCCGAUGAUUCAUUUCCCAGGGAUAUAAGUAGCAUGCCCUUGUUGCAGGCAUUAAGACUUAGCAACAAUCCAAUUAGUAGCCUACCGGCGAGCAUAAGAAAUCUUAGUGUGCUCAAACAACUUGAUUUAGAGCGCUGCACAAGGCUCCGCACACUACCAGAGCUUCCGAUGACUUUACAAGCAUUGUCAAUAUAUGGAUGCAAAUCGCUGCAAAUGGCAACAAAUCUACCAAACCUGUUGAAUUCACUAAUGCUGAGCUCAUAUGGCUGUGUAAAACUAGUUCAUGUUCAGGAAUUGUUCAAGUUGGAACCCAUUGGAAAUUUUUAUUCAGAAAUGAUACAGAGUUUGGGCUUGGCUCAGUUGGAAUCUAUGGGAAGUUUUGAGGUGGAACUGUUCAAUAACCUAACGCUUACAAAAACAAAAACUCCAGUACUCCAGGGACUCUAUGAAUGUGGCAUAUAUAGCAUAUUUCUUCCCAGGAAUGAAGUUCCAGGUUGGUUCAGCAUUAAGAAUACGGGGUCCUCGAUAUCUUUUAAUGUGCCUUCACCUCCUAGUGUUAAGGUCCGGGGCCUGAACGUGUGCGUUUCCUAUGCACUUAACUCGGAUUAUAAGAAGUCAAAGUGGAUGUAUGAAUGUAUUAGAGUCAAUAACAAGACCAAGGGUUUGAAAUGGACCUAUCGGCCAGCGUUCACAGGCAUAGCAGACGAAGGCAAAGAUAUGAUAUGGUUAAGUGACUGGAAGAUUGUGGAUCAACUAAUGAACGGUGGUGAUGAAGUGACUAUCUCAGUGAACAUGGAAGAACAAUAUCAGUUGAAGGAGUUUGGAAUUCGGAUUGUGUACGAUGAACAAGAAGAGAAAGUUACCGCGCACAACACAACCUAUCCUUGUCCGCAGAAUGCCAUUGAUUUGUCAGCAUACGAGAUGAGUGCAGGUGAGUACUUCCUAUGCAACCAUGAUGAAUAAACUAGGACUGACUACUACUCAAGAAUAGAUGGGUUGCCAUCAGAUUUUGUGGAAACAUGUUGGUGUGGCUUCCAAUGUGAUAUGCAUAUGAAGCAGUACUGACAAAGAGCACUCAUUGGACACUUAUAUGUGUCAGGCACACAUUCAAACAUAUUAUAUUAUUUCUUUCAUGCUUUGGAUCUUUAGGAGAGGCAUGUGUUCAUCAUUUAGCACAUAAUCACAUUUGAAUUUUAAAGAAAAUAAUUUAAGAUCUAAUAAUAAAAGUUUUAAACAAAAAAAGGAGUAAAUUUAUCAGU